AUGCCCUCCGGAUUUGAUCAGCUAACCAAGCUUCAAACGUUAUCUAAUUUUGUUAUAGGGAAAGGUGAUGGACAUCUUAUUAGAGAAUUGAAAAGUUUGUCAAACCUUGGAGGUAAUUUUCGUCUUUCUGGGUUGGAGAAUGUUAAUGGUCGAGAUGCGAGGGAAGUAAGGUUAAAUGAGAAGCCAGGGAUUGACGGGUUAGAACUACAUUGGAGCACAAACUUAGAAAACUAUACAAGGAAGGAAGAAGUUGAAAAGCAGGUGUUGGACUUUCUUUGUCCUCAGAAAAAGCUUGAGCAACACAUUAUUGAGAAUUACGGUGGUGCAAAAUUCGCGUCUUGGAUAGGUGAUUCUUCUUUCAAGAAUUUGUUGUUUUCGAAGCUUCGUAGUUGUAAAAAUUGCAAAUCACUACCAUCAGUUGGAAGGUUGCCAUUGUUAAAAGACCUUUCAAUUAUUGGUUUCCAUGAGAAGGAGUGGGACGCUUGUGAAGGAGACGAGAAGGUUUUGAAAUUCCCCAUCCUCCGUGAACUUUCAAUCGUAAAUUGUCCUAAAUUGUUGGGAAGGUUGCCUACCCAUGUUUCCUCAUUGCAGAAACUUAAAAUCCGUACAUAUACGAGUUUGGUAGUUUCAAUAUCAAGUUUCCCAUCACCGUGUGGAUUAAGGAUAGAAGGGUGUGCAGAACUGGUGGAUGUUUGCUCUUCUCCUGCAAAGGAGGAGUUGGAAUCUUUAUCGCUACAUGGGUUAAGUUUAGUUGGACAUCGUUCCAUUGAUGUUUCGUUCUGUCCUCAACUGCACUCUUUGGAAACUGAGGAAGCCGAAUUGCAACCUGACAAGGUUUCACUUGUUGAAUCUCUGUGGAUAUGUGGCUGUGAAAGGCUCAAUAGACUGCCAAAAGCCCUACAUAAGCUCACAUUCCUUACAGUGAUGAGCAUUUCCGGUUGUCCAGGCUUGUUACCACCAACCUCAGAGCUUUCUCAGUUGAUGGUUGUGGAAAUUUUGGAGCCCUUCCAAAGUGCAUGGUCAGCAUCACCUCCCUUCGAAAAUUAUGCAACCAAAAUUUAUAGGUCGCUUGUGGAAUGGGGAUUACAUAGACUCACCUCUCUUCAAGAAUUGACCAUCAGAGGUGAAGGAUGCUCAAACGUGGUAUCGUUCCCAGAAGAAGGGAUUGGAAUGAUGCUGCCUCCUUCUCUCACCUCUAUCCGCCUUUCAAAUUUCAAGAACCUGGAAUUCAUAUUCUCCGAGGGCUUUCAAGGCCUCAGCACUCUUCGAAAUUUGUUCAUCUAUAGUUGUCCCAAGCUAACAUAUAUUCCGGAAAAGGACAUGGUUCUCUCGCUUGGUUAUUUGUAUAUUUUAUUUUGCCCGUUGCUGAAAGAAGAGUGCUCAAGCGAUAAAGGACGAGAGUGGUCUAAGAUUUCCCACAUACCCCGCGCUCAAAUUGAUUUUAAAAGUGUCAUCCCCAGGGAAUCAGAUUGA